AAAGCGAGAAAGUUUCAAAACAGCGACUGUUAUUGUGGUACGUCGAAAUGCAAUCACGAACUUGGUGCAAGUAUUGAUGAAAACACCAUGUAAACCUUGUGACGAGGACGAAGUGGCGAUACAAACAAAAUAUGAUAUGUUUAUCAGAUCGUGUUCAAUAAAAUAUUCACUUUUAGCAACAAGUUCCGUUACAGGCACUACAAUAGGAUCAGUAUUAAACAUUAUGCAAGGUCAUCUGCCCUAUCGAAUAUGGCUGCCAUAUAAUUACAAUGUAUCUACGAUGUUUUGGGCUACAUCUGUUCAUCAAAUCAUAACUGUAAUUUUUUCCGCUAUGAUAAAUAUUGGCACGGAUACAUUAGUUUUUGGAUUGAUUUUACAUACGUGUGCCCAGCUUAAAAUUUUCGAAAGUCGUGUUCACAAAUUAAUGAUUAAUAGAACAAUUAGGUAUCUGGAAAAUACAUUCUCUCCGUCUAAUAAAAACAAAACAGGGAUAUCAGAAUGCAUACGUCAUCAUCUCAGCAUUUACAAAUAUGCCAAAACGGUAAACGUUAUAUUUAACCAGGUGCUUUUCGUUCAAUUCUUUGCAAGCAUACUGGUAUUAUGUACAAGCGUGUAUUAUCUGUCAAUACAUAUUACAGAAUUGUCUGGUACUGCAACUUUUUUAGUGUACACCGUUGGCAUGUUUGUACAAAUCUAUAUUUAUUGUUGGUCCGGAAACGAAGUCAUUCUUAAGAGUAUGAGCGUAGGAGACGCUAUAUAUUGUAUGGACUGGCCAUUACUAUCAGUUAACGAAAAAAAAGAAUUGCUCAUGGUUAUGAUACGAAGUACAAUUCCUAUAAAGUUCACUAGCAGCUUCUUGAUAACUCUAUCCCUUCAGUCUUACAGCAAUAUCUUAAAAACGUCAUACUCGGCAUUUAAUUCGGUACUCAUACUGACAGUUAACUUAUUUGUUGCUGCUGUCGUAUGUAAAGCGACUGUUGUUGUAAUACGUCGCAAUGCGAUAAUUAGCUUGAUACAAGUAUUGUUGAAGGGUCCAUGUCAGCCUCAAGAUGAGGACGAAAUAGCAAUACAAACAAAAUUUGAUAAGUUCAUCAGAUUAUGUUCAAUGAAAUAUUUGCUUCUGGCAAUAAUCUCACUUACAGGCGUCAUAAUAGGAUCAGUAUUAAAUAUUAUGCAGGGACAACUACCUUGUCGAAUAUGGUUGCCAUUGGAUUACAAUGUGUCUCUAAUGUUCUGGAUUAUAUCUAUUCAACAAGUUAUAGCUAUAAUUGCUGGCACUAUCAUAAAUGUCGGUACGGAAACCCUAAUCUUUGGAUUAAUUUUAGAAACAUGUGCUCAACUCGAAAUUUUCGAAAAUCGUCUUCACAAAUUAAUAAAUUAUAAAACAGUUAAAUAUCUGGAAAACGCAUUGUGCUCGUUGAAUGAAGACAAAACAGAAAUAUCGAAAUGCAUACGACAUCAUCUCGAUAUUUACAAAUAUGCCAAAACGGUAAACGUUAUAUUUAAUCAGGUACUGUUUGUUCAAUUUUUCGGUAGUAUAUUGAUAUUAUGUACAUGUAUAUAUUACCUAUCAACGCAUAUUACGGAACUGUCUGAAAUUGGAACUUUAUUAGUAUAUAUCAUUUGCAUGUUUGUACAAAUUUACGUUUACUGCUGGUCCGGAAACGAAGUUAUGCUUAAGAGUAUGAGCAUAGGAGAGACUAUAUAUUGUAUGGAUUGGCCACUAUUAUCAAUUACCGAAAAGAAAGAAUUGCUGAUGAUUAUGAUACGUAGCACAAUUCCUAUUAAAUUCACUAGCAGCUUUAUGAUAACUUUAUCUAUUCAAUCUUACAGCAACAUUUUAAAAACAUCAUACUCCGCAUUUAACGUACUUCAAAAACAAAAUAUAAAUAAUAUAACUUAG